CACCGUGGGGCCUCCCGAGUGCGCGGACGGAGGCGAUCGCCGGAAGGGGGAAGUGGCAGGGACAACGCAUUGUCUUCAAAACCCAUCCCACAAGAGGGAGCAGAAUCUCUCUGAGAAGGCCCCCAGUGUCUCAUGAACGAACCAACGGAUCUCGAUAACACUGUUAUUCCAGAGCCAGUCCUACGGCUCAGGAAAGGACACAUGCCCGACAGUGCAGGACAGUCAAACUAUGAUGAUGACCACUCUGAUGAGGAGCCAGCUUUAUCCUUGGACCUGCAAAAGAGUUCUGAGGAAUGCGACUGUAAUGAUGAACCAGCUCAGGAAGAUGAAGGGUUUAUGGGUAUGUCCCCUCUUUUACAAGCCCACCAUGCUAUGGAGAAAAUGGAAGAGUUUGUGUGUAAGGUGUGGGAGGGCCGAUGGCGGGUCAUACCCCAUGAUGUUCUCCCUGACUGGCUAAAGGAUAAUGACUAUCUGUUGCAUGGACACAGACCACCUAUGCCCUCCUUCCGCGCUUGCUUCAAGAGCAUCUUCAGAAUACACACAGAGACUGGCAACAUCUGGACACAUCUUCUUGGUUGUGUGUUCUUCCUGUGUCUGGGAAUCUUCUACAUGUUCCGGCCAAACAUGUCAUUUGUAGCACCUGUGCAGGAGAAGGUAGUUGUUGGAAUGUUCUUCUUGGGAGCCAUCCUUUGCCUCUCCUUCUCCUGGCUCUUUCACACGGUUUACUGCCAUUCAGAAGGUGUCUCUCGGCUCUUCUCCAAGCUAGAUUACUCUGGCAUCGCACUUCUCAUCAUGGGCAGCUUUGUUCCAUGGCUGUACUACUCCUUCUAUUGCAACCCUCAGCCCUGCUUCAUCUACUUGAUCGUGAUUUGUGUCCUGGGCAUUGCAGCCAUAAUAGUCUCCCAGUGGGACAUGUUUGCAACCCCUGAGUACCGAGGGGUAAGAGCAGGAGUAUUUCUGGGUCUCGGCCUCAGUGGUGUCAUCCCCACCCUGCACUUUGUCAUCUCUGAGGGCCUUCUCAAGGCAGCCACAAUGGGGCAGAUAGGCUGGCUGGCACUCAUGGCCUGUCUGUACAUCACUGGUGCUGCGCUGUAUGCUGCCCGUAUACCAGAGAGAUUCUUCCCGGGCAAGUGUGAUAUCUGGUUCCACUCCCAUCAGCUGUUUCACAUCUUCGUAGUGGCCGGAGCUUUUGUGCACUUCCAUGGUGUUUCAAACCUUCAGGAGUUCCGUUUCACAGUUGGGGGAGGCUGCACGGAGGAGGGAGACAUGCAGUAAAACCUGCCUUCAGCCCAGGAUCAUA